UCAACAACUUUGAGACUCUCUUGACAAACCAAAACAAAAAUCAAAAGAUGUUAAGCCCACUAGAGAUAGACACUUCAUUUUCACAUUCCAAUUUGUUGUUUUUGGAAGAUGAAUCAUCAUGGAGUAAUAAUAAUGAUCCAUUUGUUGAUAUUGAUGAAUAUUUACCAAUAAUUAUACCAUGUAAUGAUGAAGAAAUAGUAGUAGAAUCCUCAAACACUAGUACAACAACAACAACAACAACAUCAAAAGUAGCAAGUAUCCAAAAUGAUCAAGAAGAGGUAACAUCCAUAGAGAAAAAACAAGAAGAUGAUCAAGAAAAACAUUAUAUUGGAGUUAGAAAGAGGCCAUGGGGUAAAUAUGCAUCAGAAAUUAGGGAUUCAACGCGUAAUGGAAUUAGGGUUUGGUUAGGAACAUUUGAUACUGCUGAAGAAGCUGCUUUAGCUUAUGAUCAAGCUGCAUUAUCAAUGAGGGGUCCUUGGUCUCUACUCAAUUUUCCAAUGGAACAUGUUAAAAAAUCUCUUGAAAAUAUUGAGUAUUCUUGUAAAGAUGGAUUAUCUCCAGCUGCUGUUUUAAAAGCUACUCAUAAAAAUAGAAGAGUCAAGCACAAGAGAAGUAGUAGAAAGAAGAAGAAUAAAAAUUUGGAAAAUGUUUUUGUUUUUCAAGACUUGGGAGUUGAAUUAUUAGAAGAGCUUUUAAUGACUUCACCAUAGGAAUGUUUAUUAUACUCUUGGUGUCGAAAAUACUAAGUUCAGUUUUCGUGGGAGAUAAUAAUCAAGAUCGUAGUGUAUGAGUCUUUUUUUCUUCUUCUGGAUUUCUUGAAGAAUUUAGAGUUUAGUUUCAAGAAGAGCUUUUGAUGAGUUGAAAUAAUGUUUCAGACUUGUUUGGUACAUAUAGAUUUGUCUUUUUUUUUUUUUUUUUUAAAUUUUUAUUCACUUUCUUUGCUAUUUUGUUAUAAAUAAAUAAAUAAACACAAAUGCUCACCA